CGUAUAUACUCAUCGUCACCUUCACUCACACGUUUCGACACCAACAUAUCGAUGGAUGCGUUCAAUUCAACGUCAUCGCAUAGCAUCCAUUGGGUAUUGAUAAAUAAAUAACAUUGGUAUUUCGUUCGAACGAUUUGUGAAUAGAAACCAAAUAUUUCCGUAGUUAUUGUUUAAUAACUAUUUUUAUUGAUAUUUCAAUGCAAAUGAACUAACUUCGAUACUGGUGGACAUUUUUUUCUACUUCAAUUUCCUAACACAGUACAUUUAAGAAAACGACAACAUUGAAAUGGUUGAAGAAACUGCAAGAGACUACGCCAAUUACCUACGUCAAAUUGAUUUUGCUAAGGAGAUCGCACCAAUCUGUACCAACAUUGAUGAGAUAUUAACGCGAAUGGAUGAAUUGGAAUCAUCCAUAUCGAUUAUGAAAAAUAUUUCAGCAUCAACAUCACUCCCCAAUAUAAUUGAAUGUAAAACGGGCAUUCAACAAUAUUCAGAUCGAAUCGAUAAGCUUCAACUGAUGCUCGACCGUGUUAACAUCGAUAUAACAUCUCUUGAACAAAAUAUGAACAAAGCUGAAGAGGAACUGGGCUACAAUAAUACUGGCAUCAAAGGAUUUUUCAAACCAUUGUUGGGAAAAAUUGUAAAGAGUGAUCGAAGCCGUCUCCCCGAAAAUGUUGAUGACCCUGAACUCACGUAUAAACCAAUCGAAUUCUUUAAAGCAAGCCAAUAUUUUGGUGAAUCCAGUUCUAGUCUGUCGGACAGUCUGUCAGCGGAAGGAGCCGGUAUGGGUGAUAGCUAGCUCGUUCGAUACAUUUGCACAUUCUUUUGGUUUUCGCUAGAAUAAAAUUCAUCUAUGAUUAAAACAAUUAAUGGAACUUCUUAUCCACGUCGUCGAACCAAACGAUAAAUAAAAUUCAAAAUUGAAUUUGUUCAUGGAAUGCCUAUCCAUGAACAUUAGAA